GCCAAUGGGAUUAGAGAGUAGAGGAGAUUUGUCCGGGCAUGUUCAGACCCUACACGUGCUGUUUCAGAAGACAUGACUGUGAAAACUGUUCCACGAAUCAAUGAUGGCAGAGUCAUCAAACAGGAGAAAAGCCUCCUCACGGGGUCUUCUCAGCAAUUAUCGGUAUCUGUGUAAAAAAGCCAUGGUGCUCUGCGCCAUGGAGAAUGCAAGAGCCAGGAAGAGGCAUCAGGAAAAGAGGAUAAUCGCCAACAUGAAGAUGAAAAGAACGGACGCCCGCCAUGAAUCACUUGAUACAAACGUAUUGAUCAAAAGGUCUAAAAUGAGCGCUCCAGAACAGGAAAAUCAAAGCACUUUGAACUCUGAAAGCACUGAUCUAUCCAAACAUACAUCAGUGUCUGGAACAGCUAACCACCACUCUGUGAUCGCGGCCCUUGGAGAUCACUGGGAGAUGGACAGUGGCUUCUCCUCUGAAGCCAGUCCUCCAGCCAGUGGUCGAAGUUCGCCAUGUUUCAGCUCCUGCCCGACUACAGUGGUGGCAUUGGACUGUGAGAUGGUGGGGACAGGGUCUGGAGGACGUUGCAGCGAGCUGGCCCGCUGCAGCAUCCUGGACUAUCAUGGGAACGUGCUUUAUGAUAAAUACGUGAAACCCUGUCAGCCUGUCACAGACUUCAGGACUCGCUGGAGCGGCAUCCGAAGGCAUCAUCUCCUCAACGCCACACCCUUCGUUCAAGCCAGAGAAGAGAUCCUCAGUAUACUUGAAGGCAAAGUGGUCGUGGGCCACUCCAUCUAUAAUGACUUUGAGGCACUGGACAUCCUUCAUCCCUGUCACAUGGUCAGGGACACGAGUACAACGCGUCUCCUCAGUCGGUUGGCCGGUUUCCCCAGUAAAUGCUGUCCCUCCCUCAGAACGCUGGCAAAUAAGCUGCUGAACAGGAGCAUACAGGUUGGGAAGCGAGGUCAUUGUUCAGUGGAGGAUGCUCAGGCUGCGCUUGACCUCUACAAGCUGGUGGAGGGGGAGUGGGAGCAGGAGGUGCAGAACAAGCUGAGGGAUGACGACGCUCCACUCGAGCCAAGUUUCUCCUCAUCAAAGCACUACAUGCAAGACGAGUACUGGCCGGAUGACAUCAUUGCUGAUGGCCAAUAGGAGAAAAGUAAUGGUGGGACAGUGGGAAAUACCUCAGCAGGCUCUUUUUUGUGUGAUGAUGUUCGUAGUCAUCAGAGCAGCUUCAGAGAGUUAAUGGAAGUCCGAUCUGAAUGAAUGUUAGAAAUGUUAAAUUGAAGGUGUCCUGAAUCAGUUUGGAGAGAAAUAACUUUAAAAUGUGGAACAAAAACACUUUCUAACUUAUUGCGUUUAACAUGUUAAACAUGUUCAGAGCUUCUAACAAAAGAUUUUUGGUUGUCUAUAGAAAUGGUUGAUCAAAUAAGUCGUUCCAGACUUGAUUGUAUUUAUAAAGUAAGAGUUGGUGCCCUUGCGUUUGAGGUUUGCAGUUCUCUAACAAGUGUCUGCUCUUACUUGAAAAAUUCAUCUAUUAAUUGGAAAAGAUGACAUAAAUGUAGCUGUUCAUGAAAACACAAGAUGAAUGACUGCUUUUGAAAUGUUAGUUACUGCCUUGAUAGAAACACUUGGAAAUCACAAAUAUUACUAUGAGCUGAUAUUGGUCAUGUGGACUGAUUUUAGCAGGGUUCGGUUAGUAUUUUGAUCAUCUCACAUUGUAAGCUGCUCUGAAAUGUUCUAAUAAAACUGCAUCAUGUUUAAAAACAAAAA